ACUACAGUGCACAUGUUACUUGUUCUGAGCAGUCUCUCAGCUACAGUGUCCACUUUAAAAAAAAAAAAAAAAAAAAAGUAGAAAGUAUUUUGGGGCUGGGUGUGCUACAGCUCUGGUCAUUCUGGCAUGGGGAGUGUAGAGAGGUUGCACACUCACUAUACCCAUCAGUCUCAGCGGCUUGCUCGUCUGCAGGCUAGCCUCUAGAGUAAUAGCAAUCAGAGCACACCUGUGAGAUUGGUAUGCCUCUGUCUUGUUUGAGAAGCUUUACUUUGGAGCUUAGUUGGUGCUCUGGACUGCUUGUUACACAUGAGGCAGUGGCAUCAUGAUGGAGGCACUCUCAUGCGUUACCACCAGAAAAUCUUAGGUACCCACAGGAUUAGGCAGAGGUUUGCUAGUGCUUUUAAGAACAUCACUUGUCAUUAAGGGCUGAAUUGGGUACCUAACCAUCUCAAGAAACCUAGGAUUUAUUUAUCAAUGAAACAGAUCUUUCACCCUGAGAAUCUUUUAUUUUCCUGUCCCUGUUAGCAGAACAUCCUUUCGUAAUUGCUCAUGCCUGCCUCACAAUGUGUUAGACUGACUCACUUUCUCAGCUCUGUCUGUGUUGGCUUCUGCAAACCUGCUAUUGGCAUCAGCCAGCAGCAGCAAUCUGAGGAAAAAAGUAGCUUGAAUCAAUUUUUUAUAAGAAGUCUAAUUCCAUUAAGCCGUAACACUGCAAAGGCACAUGCCUUGUGAUUGAGGACAAUAUUGUUACCUUAUUAUCAUCUUAAAGUUGAAACCCAGAGAAAGAAAGACAAACUUACCAAAAUGGUAAGAGUCACAGUCCAGAUAGAUUUUCAUGAGUUAGGAAGCAUGAUGGGUAUUACAGUUGCCUAAUUUCUUACACAAAUGCUGACACUACCACUAGAAAACAGCUGAAGGCAAUCUUUCCUUAUUUUUCUGGGUCUUUGGGUAUCCAAAAUGAGGACUUAAGAUUCUACAGUUUUCUGUACUCACCGAACACUUCCCUUACAGUGGGUUGAAUAUUUCUUGACAGUAAUUUGAAAAACGAUGGCAGUGUUUGAUACCAGUAUUCCUCUGACUUAAAACAGACACUUAGCAAGUGCAGGGUGUGUGUGAAGGCUAAGUGUAUGAAUUGACAUUAAUCAGUGUUUUUUAACGUUGUAGUAUUCUGUAGGAGUAUAAAAGCUAUGUCAGUAAAGAGGGAAAAAACUUCUGAUGGAAAAUUGAAAUAAUUUACAUGUUCAGAGGUAAAGCAGCAGAAAUUCAAGAAAAUAGAUUGUCUUCGUAGGCUGACUGUUUUUGUCACUGUUUUACAAAGGCACUAUUGUGUAAAUACUCAUAAAGUGAUUAAUUACCACAGGAAUUCUGUUGGCAGAAUAUGUAACUUCACAAGCCCCAUGAUAAGUACUGUGAGAUCAGGUGUUACAAAACCAGGUUCUAUCUACAUCAUGGAAAAGCCUUUGCUUUUGUUUAUAUUUAUAUUCUACUGGCAUUUCCUAAAUGCUUUAUUCACAGUUGAAGCCCCGCAGUCACUCUACACUGUGGAACAUGGGAACAAUGUGACCAUGGAAUGCACAUUUCCAGUGAAUGGGAAAUUAAAGUUUGGAGAUUUAAGCGUCAGCUGGGAAAAGAAAGAUGAGUUGAAGCAGGUUUAUGCACUUCUUAAAGGAGAGGAAGACUUCAAAAGUCAACACAGUGACUUUAGGGGAAGAAUAAAAUUGUUGAAAGAAAAUCUGAACUUGGGUCGGUCUCUCCUUCACAUCACUGAUGUGAAGCUCAGAGAUGCAGGGUUUUACCGCUGUGUUAUUGGCUACGGGGGAGCUGACUACAAGAUAAUCAAUCUGAAAGUUAAGGCUCCUUACAGAACUAUAACCCAAGGAGUAGUGAGCACGAGAGACAAUGAAUGGAAGUUGACAUGUCAGUCAGAAGGAUACCCACAAGCUGAAGUGAUGUGGCGAAACAGACGAUAUGAAGAUUUGACUGAUAAGGCAAACACAAGUUAUGAAACUGGAAGUGACCAGCUGUAUCGUGUGACAAGUACCCUUACAAUCAAAAGUAGGAUCGAUGAGUUUUUUUACUGUAUAUUCUGGAAUAAAGAGCUGCAAGAAAAUACAUCUGCCAUUUUACACAUAGCAGAUUCAGCUGAUGGUCUUCUGUGGCCUAAGAGCAGACGCUUUGUUGGACCAAUUCUCAUUGUGACCGCUUUCUUUGGAUCAGUGCUUCUAUUAAUGCUCUACAUAAGAAAAGCUAGAGCAAAUAAGGACACUGGAACACCUGUGGCUAGUUCAUCAAUAGCAAAGCUGUCAAAAGAGAAGGAUACACACGACUGCAGAGAUGCUUCUUUUGAAGAUGAGUUGAAAUCUGGAGUAUACUUAGUUACUGCUCAUUACUCUUCUGACUUGGGGAUAAUGCAACUCUUCAGAUAUUUGAGAAGGACAGCUCUUGAUUUGGACUGCUUCGUUGUUCAUCUUGCGAAUAGAAGGAAGAGAACCUUCUCACGGCUAGAACACGAAAUACACGCUCAUGUGAUUACUUAAGAAAUGCUGAGGGAAUGGGGUCCUGGAUCGCAUUUCUUAAGCUAUUGCUUUGUGACAUUUUGCUAGGUGCAUUUUCUUUGCUUUUAUUGGGUCAUACACAGAUUAAAAUUAUUUAUUACAAUGCUAUUCACAAUUACAUUUUUUAAAUAAAAUAUGUUUGUUUUU